CGUUAACACAGCAACAGCAUGCUGACCCAGAGGAGCUUCAGAAAGGCCGACGCCCACUGCACCUCAGGUCCCACAGACAAUAGCCACCAGACUCUGAUUAUUAGUGUGAGCACUGUGAGGUAGUGUGACUGUUGUGGCUGCCCCUCACUCUGCACCAUGGGAGUCAUGCUCAGAGCUGCUAUGUCCCUGAUAAACACAAUGUCACAUGUUGCCUAGUGGACACCUCUUAACAUGCCAUGGGAUUAAAAGACAAAAUGAAAAAACAGGAAACCUUCUGACUUCAGCAGCAUUUGAAGGAGAGUCAGCACCUCUGGCAGCAACGGUGGACUUGAUUUCCCACAUGCCUCAGAGAGGAUGUUUCUUUUGACAGGAAGUAAAGCAACAAAUGGAAGAAGCGAGCGCAGAUCCAUCUACCAGAGGUUCCGUGAGUAUGAUGUGCUGGACAAGAAGAAGACGGUGACAGCUCUGAGAGCAGGAGAGGACAGAGCCAUACUGCUGGGCCUCAGCAUGGUCUUCUUCUCUGUCAUGACGUACUUUGUCCUGGGAAUCACCAUACUGCGCUCUUACUCUGACAGUGUGUGGACUAAUGAGGUCAGCUGCACCAUCGUGAACUCCACCAUCAUGUGGGAUGUAAACUGUUCGUACAGCUGUGGGUCAGAGUGCUGGAAGAACUCCCGCUACCCCUGUCUCCAGGUCUACGUCAGCCUCAACUCCUCAGGAAAGGUGAUGCGACUGCUACACAACGAGGAGACUGAGGACAACAACCCUGAGUGCUUCUACAUCCCAAAGUGUCGUAAAGACUAUGCAGCCACACACGCCAUAGUUCAGAACAUUUCUGGGCGUCUCAGGCCUCAGCACUCAGUUCAGUGUUUCGUGGACCCUGCUGAGAGGAUGGACUGUGCCAUUUUGACUCAGAUUUACGGUCGGGUCGCCGUCUUCCACUCCCUGUUUUGGCCAACCUGCACACUGAUCGGAGGAGCCAUUAUCGUUGCCAUGGUGAAGUUCACUCAGUACCUAUCCAUCAUGUGUGAUCGACUGAGCCGCAUCAAGACGUGACGGAGAGAAAGGCGGCUGGUUCAGAUGGAAGUUCCUGUAAUACGGACAUACGACAUGAGUGGAAGCAUUAGGUGACACCUGGAAUGCUGGGAUUUACACAGUGACAAUCUCAAAGUUUUCAGAAAGAGGAACACGUGUUUUUGAGAAAGUUGAAAGCCACAUUUAAAGAUAAACUGAUGCUGGUUGUACACUUGUGGCCUCUGCUGGUGGUUGAAGUGUAGUAACAAUCUUUGAAAUGAUGAUUUGCAACGUGUUUGUGGAUCAGUCUUUUAAUUUAGUAAAAUCUAUGCAAAUGUGACAUAACAUGUUGACGUAUCUGUUCUGCAUUUGCUGUUAAACAUUUCGGGAAGUAUGAUAUUUCUCUGCCAUUUACUGUCCAAUAAAUAUGAAGCUACAGUUAGCAACUAGUUUGCUUAGCUUAGCACUCCAAACAAAAUGAAACAGCUGGCCUGACUCUCAUAACUACUUACAGUGAGAAAUACUGAGAAACAAAAGCGAUAUUCAUAAUGACAAGUGGUUUCCAUCUGUUUAACGCAGUUUGUCCAGUGUAGUUUUGGGUCUCUUUAUGAGAUUUGUACAAGGUGUUAUGAAAAAUGGUGUAAAAACUGUCUGAAACCAAUGAUAAAGUGUUUUUAAGAUGUCUGCUGUCCUAAAAAAAAUGGGUUACUAAGAUCAAGUUGAACUAGGAAUCCGAGUUUUGUCUAACGCUUAGCAAAAUAGUAUUGUGUAACUGUACUUCUGAAAAUGUCCAACUUGUAAUGACAGAUAUUCGUAUCUUGACACCAAAAGUGCAUUUAAGCCACCUGGGGCCACAUGAACCAAGCGUGGAUUCAAUGCUUAUCCAAUGGGCAGGCAGAGUUCAAGCACAUCAAAUGGGCUAUGAUCAAAUAGCUGAGCCAGCUUUCAUUUCCAGCUCAGAAGAUUGAUCGAUGAAAGAAUGUGUGCUGUCAGUUCAUCAUUAACAUAGUAGCUAGAAAAAUCAUUGGGGCAACCUGGUAGCUUAAUGAUUUGGACGCACACCACAAAUCCCCCAAAUCCCCUGGGUGGUGGCCUAUGGUUCAAUUACUAUUUCCCUGCCCCUCCUGUCCAUGUGCACUAACCAUAUCAAAUAAGAGCACAGAACGGAACAUGGGGGGGCAGCCACUGGCUUUCAAGGCUGUUUUUUUGCAUGGUAGUCAUGAGUACAUGAGUUGACACUG